CACACACACACACACACACACACACACACACACACACACACACACACACACACACACACACACACAGGAUGUACUUCGAAUAUAGUUACAUGGCCAGUGUCUCACCAGUCUGUUCUGACACUGCAGUGUGUCACCAAGUGCUCGGUGUGAACAGGAAAGGGUUGUAGUGUUUUAUGAGUCAGUGACAAGACCUGGGUCUAUAUAUAGAGAAGCAAUCCUCAGUGACUGACAGUGAGCACGUCAGGCAGCAUGGAGGGGGUGAAGAGGGAAAAUUUAUUAAACUACGCCCGAAAACUCUCGCCUGGCGCUGACGGUGACGGCGCGUUACAUGGCUGUGGUAUUUGUUUGGCUCUACAAAGGCGGCUCACAGGAUCCUCAUGAGUUUUUGAGACAUCGGAAUGCGAUUAAACAAUUUCAAAAGCAUGAACUGGAGAGAAUUAAGGACAAGAUGGACCCAGCCAACAUGGACGUCACGUGUCUGUACAAGCUGCUCUACUACACCUGUGAUAUUCCGUCUGAAGACCCCAAGUGGCACACUUCAGUCAAGGCAGGGCAGAGACCUUCCCUGGGGCAGAUCUUGUACAGACUGAAGGACAUCCGCAACAGUGUAAGUCACAAGGAACCCGGGAAGCUGACGCAGGUGUCUGACGAUGACCUGGAUGCUUUGGCCAAGGAGUUAACGCAGCUCUUGACCAAGAUGCUGAUUCUGGCGGGCGAGGCGUGCGAGAAGUGCCAGGAUGUUAUUGUCGAGGCGAUCUCGAACAUGAAGGCGGAUGUGGCGAGGGAACGGCACGCUGAUGAUGGCAUCAGCGUCGAACAGUUUGUAACCUUGAGUCGUCAGGAGUUGCUGAAUCACGAAGAACCCGAAUUUUUAUACGUAGAGCCGCGUCUUGUAGUGCAAGCUGUCGAGGCCUCCUUUGGUUCUGUUAUCCCUCUGAGUGGACUGCUGAGCAGUACAUUCCGUGAUGGAACACAGCCGAAGGUGAUACAAGUGACGGGCGAGGCUGGCGCAGGAAAGACUUCACUUUGCCGGGCCUUCAUGGCAUGGUGGCUGAAGGGUGACCCCAUAGUGGAGGCUCUGGCGGACUUCCAGCUGCUUCUAUGUAUCACCUGUGCUAGCGUCAAAUCCAGUGACCUGCACCGCUAUCUCCACUGGAUGCUCCCUAAAACUGCCAAGCUAUGUGAUACUGCCAGCCUGACGCGGCUCCUGCGUGAAGCAAAGGUUCUUUGGCUGGUUGACGGCUGGGACGAGGCCACCAAAGAGGCCCGGGGACUCCUGCAGGAUCUAAUUCACUCCAAGGGAAAGUCUCACACUGUCCUCGCCACGUGCAGGCCGGAAUUCAGCGUCUCCCUCACCGAUCAGUUCCUCGGGCAAAGGAUUUUCCACGUUUCCUUCGCUGGAUUCCAGAAAGAGGAGAUGAAGAAGCUCGUCAUAGGACUGAAACUUCCAGGUGUCGAUAACAGUUCUUUAGAAAUAUUCUUGAAUCACUUGCACAGUUUUCCCAGUGAGGAACAAGAUGACUUCAGCAAUCCUCUGAAGCUUCGACUGAUGGCCCUCGUGUGUCUGCAGCACCACAUCGAUGAACCGCUCCGCCAGCUCUCUUUGGUUCACAUUUAUCUUUACAUGAUUGAGUGUCAGCGCCUGGACCUCAUCGUGCGGUGUAAAGAGGACGCUGCCCCGGGCGAGGAUGUUGAACAGAGGAUUGACGCUUGGCUCAAGCGUCUUUAUAAAGUGUCUUUUGACUCAGCCAAAAGUGAUCCAUCGUUGAUUCUUGAUAGAAAAAGUGUGAAAAUUUUAUCAAAAGAGUGUGGUGUCCCAGUGAACCUUUGUCUCUCUACCUUCCUGGUGUGUGCACCUCUUUUGGAUGUCUUAUCCCGCCGCUGCAUCCACGCCUUUUCCCACGACACUCAAAGGUGUGUGUUUGCAGCUCGACAUUUAGAGUGCUGCUGCAAGGAUGCUGUCAAUCCUGAGGCCGAACUCAGAAAAGUCUUAGAAGUUGACUCAAGCGAAUUAGAUGAUCACAUGGACCCACACCUUGGGAUGUAUGACCUGGUGACUCAGUUCCUCCUCGUGGUCAGGAUCCUCCUUUCCAGAAUCAGUUGUGGAUGGGUUUGUAGUGAGGUAUGUCGAGAAAGUCUUUGCGAGGCUGUGUUGCGCUUCAUGAGAAAGUUUGUCCACAUCAUCAAGGGUGACCACCUUCCUACUGACAGGUGGAUCCAGGCAAGUUCUUUGAGGAGUCGACUGGUUCCCGUUUUGCUGCAAGUAAUGGAAAUGUGGGCCAGAGGCUUGUUCCAGGUGAAUGUUUCUGCUACCGUCUUGGUCGACCUGUUCGCCAGUCUCCUGGAGGGAGACGAGGACCCUGCUAGGUGGUUGGAGGUGGUCCGGAGAUGCGGCACGAAUAAAGAACUGGCGAGAGUAGUGUCUCGGAAGGUUGGUAGAAAACUGUGGGUGAUUAACGAUAAUGAUGUGAGAGCUGCGGCGAUGCUUCUGGAGUACGUC